AACUCUCUUCAUAAUCCCAUCCCUUUUCUUGCUGUUUCCCAAACCACACGAAAAUGGGGGAAUCACACCAUCAUAACAACCAAAUCUUCGACAUCUCAAUCGAUGUCCCCCACGGCGGCGCCACCAAGCUCUACGACGACGACGGCCGCCCCAAACGAACUGGUAAAACCACAAACAAAAACCUCUCCUUCUCACUUCCCUCAAAAAAAGAUUCAAUUUUCAUAAUCAUUUCUCACUUCCCUCAAAAGAGAUUCAAUUUUCAUAAUCAUUUCUCACUUCCCUCAAAAAAGAUUCAAUUUUUUGUAUCAUUUCUCACUUCUCUAAUAAAAAGAUUCAAUUUUUAUAUCAUUUCUCACUUCUCUAAUAAAAAGAUUCGAUUUUUAUAUCAUUUCUCACUUCUCUAAUAAAAAGAUUCAAACUUCCCUCCUAAAAAGAUUCAUUUUUUAUAUCAUUUCUCACUUCCCUCCUAAAAAGAUUGAAUUUUUAUGCCGUCUCUGUCGGUUUUUUCCUCAAUGGUUAACUUUUCUUGACAUAUAUAUGUUGUGAAAGUAUGCAAAAGUUCGAUGAUGACAACCAUGCGAAAAAGAAAAACACUAGAGUUUUACGUGGUUCGAUCGUAAGAUCUACGUCCACGGCCAAAGGCAAUAUGAUUCAGUAUAUUGAGAAAUAUGCAGAUGUUUACAAUCACUCAAGAACUCUCUCCAAGAACUCAACACCUCUAAUCUAAUUCUAAACCAAGAACUAAUCAAGUGAUAGUUUGGAGACUCUUUUCUUGAAUACCGAAGUAGCUGAUUAACUAUUUCAGAUGCAGUUCGUCUGCUUUAUAUCAGUCCCUUCAUCCUCCAACGGCUCUCUUGAGAUGUUAGUUAUCAAAUCAGUUAUAACUGUUCCAACGGCCACUUCCCGUUUCUUGGUUUGCAUCAACAUGCCGAAGUGCUGCAUGAUGCCGAAGUGCUGCAUGAUGCCGAAGUGCUGUAUGAUGCCGAAGUGCUGUAUGAUGCCGAAGUGCUGUAUGAUGCCGAAGCUCAAUGAAAUGCUGAGCUCAAUAAACCGCCGAGCUCACCGAGCUUAAUAAAACACCGAGCUCACCGAGCUUAAUAGAACACCGAGCUCACCGAGCUUAAUAGAACACCGUGCUCAAUAAUAUGCCGAGCUUAAUAAUAUCUUGAACGAGCUCAACCUCUAACAAAUCUACAGCUGUUGAGAAUGACAUUGAUUUUUAGCUUGCUGCAUCCAACGGUGAUUGUGAGAUUAUACUCCAACAAUAUAUGUAUAGGAACCCUUUUCACGGCUACUUCACACAUCAUAACCGCCGUGAUCGGAUCGGGAGUUCUGUCUCUGGCUUGGGCCACUGCUCAAUUGGGAUGGAUUGCGGGCCCCGCAAUGCUCUUCAUGUUCUCCUUUGUCACAUACUACGCUUCCACCCUUCUCGCCUCGUGCUACCGCUCCGGCGACCCCGACACCGGCAAGAGGAACUAUACUUACAUGGAUGCUGUUAGGUCCAACCUAGGUGGGGUGCAUGUUAAGCUAUGUGGGGCAGUUCAGUACUUGAAUCUCUUUGGGACUGCUAUUGGCUACACCAUUGCUGCUUCUAUAAGCAUGAUGGCUAUUGAGAGGUCAAAUUGCUUCCACACAAAAGGGCAUGAAGAUCCUUGCAAAGUCUCUAACAAUUCUUACAUGAUUGCAUUUGGUGUGUUGCAAGUGGUUCUCUCACAAAUCCCCAAGUUUGAUGAGAUUUGGUGGCUCUCUAUUGUUGCUGCUGUCAUGUCCUUCACUUACUCCCUCAUUGGCUUAGGCCUUGGAAUCUCCAAAGUUGCUGAAAAUGGGCAAAUCAGAGGAAGCCUCACAGGAGUAAGCAUUGGUGAAGUCACAGAAAUGGAGAAGGUUUGGAGAAGCUUCCAAGCACUUGGAGCAAUGGCUUUUGCCUAUUCUUACUCAUUGAUUCUCAUUGAAAUUCAGGACACAAUCAAAUCCCCACCAUCUGAAUACAAGACAAUGAAGAAGGCCUCCAUGAUAAGUGUAUCUGUCACCACCAUCUUCUACAUGCUCUGCGGCUGCUUCGGCUACGCAGCAUUCGGUGACAUGUCCCCGGGCAACCUCCUCACCGGCUUCGGAUUCUACAACCCCUACUGGCUCCUGGACAUCGCCAACGCAGCCAUAAUCAUCCACCUCGUUGGCGCCUACCAGGUCUUCUGCCAGCCCUUAUUCGCCUUCAUCGAGAAAGUCGCAGAAAAACACCUCCCAGAGAGCACGUUUUCCGUCAUAAACAAGGAGAUCCCGGUCCCAGUCCCGGGCCUAAAGAGCCCCUUCAAGCUCAACCUGUUCAGGCUCGUGUGGAGGACCCUGUUCGUGGUGACAACGACUGUGAUCUCCAUGAUCAUGCCCUUCUUCAAUGACGUCGUGGGGUUGAUCGGGGCGUUGGGGUUCUGGCCCCUCACGGUGUUCUUCCCGGUCGAGAUGUAUAUCAGUAGCCACAAGAUUCCUAAGUGGAGCUCAAGAUGGAUCUGUUUGCAGAUGUUGAGUGGGGCUUGUUUGAUCAUAUCUAUUGCUGCUGCUGCUGGCUCAGUUGCUGGAGUUGUUUCUGAUCUCAAGGUUUAUAAGCCUUUCAAGACUAGCUAUUGAGAUCAUUGGUUUGAUUCUAAGAUAUGAGCAGUUGCAAGAUUAGUUUUUUUUUCCCCAUAAAUUGGGGUUGUUUUUAGCUUCAUUGUGUAACAGAGAGGAUGGAGUUAAGGGUCCAUACAUAUGUACUAUAGUAAUAUUUUGAAGUGUAAUUUCAUCUAUUUUUAGGUGAUAUACUAUGUAUUGUUACUUAAUGAAAUUCCUCAAAGUCAGAGACUUUUUUAUGAA